AUGGGCCACCCUCCGGUCCCGAGUCGCCUAGGCAUAUUCCGCCUCAAAGAAGCCGACAUGAACACAGGACUCUUCUCGCGACGCGGCAAAAAGUACAUCUUCGCAGUGGCGGAAAAAUACCCCCUGAAUCUAGACGACGCCUUGGUCCUCAUCUAUUUCCCACUAAUACCCUACGGCUCAAGCGAGGCCAUCGUUUUUUACGAGAAGCGAUUUGAGAUUGAGAUGCGGCACUACCCGGCUGGAGGGGCGACUGCACCCUUUCACUCACUUGCGGACGUUGUUGCCAACCGCCAAGACAAAAAGACAAUCGACACCGUCAAAAUCGGUCUCAAAUUCCGACGAAGUUGGGUCGGAUCGCCAGGGUACACGGAGUGUAAAGAAGAGGCCGGAACUCCCGUAAAGUACAGGACUGAAGAUUUCAAAGUGUGGGAUGACACCAACGCGAAUAUCGUGAUGCUAUUUCACCACUUCAAUCGAGCCAAGAAACCCUCGGGGGCCAGAUUCUCCAUAGACUUGGCGCAGAAAAGUAGCGGCUCCAACGAGUAUCUCAUCUGCCAGGAGCAUAUGCUUCCGGUUCUCGCCAAGGCCACGAUGCAUGCCCUCUUGGCUUGGAAAUAUUGGACGCAUGAUCUACAGGAAGCUUCGCCGAUUCGGAGAGAUGAUGAAGGAGCCUCUUGA